UGCCGCGGCGGCGCCGGAGGAGGAAGUGGUGUGGCUUUCGCUCGGAGUGCUCCCACCGCCGGGGGAGCGGGGCCGCCGUCUGCGCCGCGGCGUCGCCCUCCCUGUCCGCCGCCCUCCAUGAGCCCCGGCGCCUCUGCUCGCCUGCCCCAGGCCGCCGCUGACCCCGGGGUCUAUGGAAGUAAUGGAAGGACCCCUCAACCUGGCUCAUCAGCAGAGCAGGCGAGCAGACCGUUUAUUAGCUGCAGGGAAAUAUGAAGAGGCGAUUUCUUGUCAUAAAAAGGCUGCUGCAUACCUUUCUGAAGCCAUGAAGCUGACACAGUCUGAGCAGGCUCAGUUGUCACUGGAAUUGCAAAGGGACAGCCACAUGAAGCAGCUCCUCCUCAUCCAGGAGCGCUGGAAGAGGGCCAGGCGCGAGGAGCGGCUGCGCGCCCAGCAGGACCUGGGCAAGGACACGGCGUCGCACAGAGCCUCCGCCGAGGACGCCGAGGGCCAGAGUCCCCCUCGGGCUCCCAAGAGCAGCCCCGCGGCCGAGAGGCGCCUGCCCCCCAUCCCGGGUGUCUUUGACAGGGACCCGGACACACUGCUGUUUCUGCUUCAGCAGAGGAGUGAGCCAGCAGAGCCGUGCAUUGGAAGCAAAGCCCCAAAGGAUGAUAAAACAAUCAUCGAGGAGCAGGCAACCAAAAUUGCUGAUUUGAUGAGGCACGUGGAAUUCCUUGUGGCUGAGAACGAAAGAUUAAGGAAAGAAAACAAACAGCUGAAGGCUGAAAAGGCCAGGCUUCUGAAAGGGCCAGUAGAAAAGGAGCUGGAUGUAGAUGCCGACUUCGUGGAGAAGUCAGAGCUGUGGAGCUUGCCGCCACAGCCCGAAGCUGCCGCGGCCUCGUCCACCUGGCAGAAGUUGGCAGCGAAUCCUGGGAAGGCCAAGGACAUCCCCAUCCCCAACCUGCCCCCCUUGGAUUUUCCAUCUCCGGAACUGCCGCUAAUGGAGCUCUCUGAGGAUAUUCUGAAAGGACUUAUGAAUAAUUAAAAUGGGGAGACCAUAGCAGUCAGAAAAGGAAGUAAUAUAGAAAUAAAAUUAAUCUAGAACAAAAAAGGGAAAACCACACAGAAGGAUAAUCCCGGAAAUGCAGCAUCAUCUGGCGUGCUGUGGGAGAAGGCACUGCCAGGAUGUGGGAAGCGGUCCCUGGGAAACACGUGGCUUGUCUGACUCAGUGACGCAAGCCAGUGAUUUCCACUCGACAGAUGCUCAACUCCUUGGAGGUUCAUGGUCUCCUGAUAAAAACCAAAUGGCUACCUGGAAAAUUUUUUUCAAGCAACAGUUAUUUUUCUUAUCUUCAGGGUUAAAAUGUAUAGAAAUGUUAUGUGUAAUUAAUCUAUAAUGCCAUAAAUGAUAACGCAAAAACUUAAUAUGGUGGCCUGAGGGCUACUUUAUAUUUGAAAUCUGCUUUCCAUCAUGCAUUGACUGAGUGCAACCUGUUGUGCACAUCUGGUUGGUGUGUGUAAGGUGUGGGACACCUUUCUAGAUGGAAGUACUUGUGCCACACUUCGUAUUACUCAGAACAUGGUGAGAACCUCAAGAUCAGGAGAAAUAUUUAAAUUUCCAAUUUAUGAAGAAAGGAACCAAAUUACUAGCCUUUAUUUUUAAAUUACCAGUUUACAUAAUUAAUCAGGAUGCAUUUUAAGUUCUAACUUUAUUAUAUAAUGCAUCAUUUGAAAAUAGCAAGGACAUAUCCUGUUUUUAAUGAUGCAUGAGUGAAGUAAUGCUAGUUGGCAGAAUAUGAUUGUUAAGAAAUCAAUAAAGUAAUUGUGUUUCAUA